AUGGCCAAUAUUACUCCUCUCGCCGGCAAUUUGUCCACCAUGUCCGAUCUCCCCCCUCUGCCAUCAUACACCCUCACUCCGGUCCAGCCGCUCUUCUCCUUCGUUUCCGACUUUUACGUUUCGCUGCUCCUCCCCGUUGUCGCAUACUGGGCCGUGUCCAUGGUCUUCCACUACAUCGAUGUCUACGAUAUAUGGCCGCAGUACCGCUUACACACCCCCGCCGAGAUACAACAACGGAACCACGUCUCGCGCUAUGAAGUCGCACGCGAUGUCAUCAUACAACAAAUUAUACAGACAGUGGUCGGUGCGAUACUGGGACUGACAGAGCCGGAAGAAGUUACUGGGAUGGAACAAUACGACGUAGCACGCUGGGCGACAAGACUACGAAUUGCGCAGAGGGCUCUGCCGAAGCUCCUGGCUCUUUUUGGAUUGAAUGCUGCGGCACUAUCAAAGAACUUCUCGGGCUCUUAUCCUAUGAUUGCGGGGGUACUAGCGGGAGGAAAGUACCCGUUCACCAUGGAGAUGGAUGUUGUGAGCGGGGCACCCGUGCCCGCAUUUACGAGCUGGGAAAUGUUUGCUGCGAAGAUGAUCUACUGGUUUAUCAUACCAGUAUUGCAAUUUUCUGUAGCUAUUCUUUUUGUGGAUACGUGGCAGUACUUUCUUCAUCGUGCCAUGCAUAUAAAUAAGUGGCUUUAUACAACUUUCCACUCCCGUCACCACAGACUUUACGUGCCCUACGCCUUCGGAGCCCUGUAUAACCACCCCUUCGAAGGAUUCCUCCUCGACACCCUCGGCGCAAGCAUAGCCUACAAGCUCGGCGGCCUGACAGCGAGGCAAGGUAUUUUGUUCUUUCUUGGUUCAACAAUUAAAACAGUCGACGACCACUGCGGCUACACUCUUCCCUGGGACCCGCUUCAGCUCAUUACAAGCAACAAUGCAGGCUACCAUGAUAUCCACCAUCAGAGCUGGGGCAUCAAGACGAACUUCUCACAACCCUUCUUUACGUUCUGGGAUCGAUUCUUAGGCACGCGCUGGACUGGGGGGGAUACUACAGCGAGAUAUGAGCGCACCAAGAAAGCCGCGCAGUUCAAGGCCGACGCGAAGAAAGUGGAACUGUGA